UUUCCCUGGGUGGCAGACAGAGGCCGGCACGAUGCUGGACACUGCUGCGGCUGCCCCCCGCACCAGGGCCGCCACCAGGAAGCCGAAAAAGGCGGCAAGCGGCUCCAAGGCCCGUCAGCCCGCGGGGCCCAGCGUCACCCAGCUGAUCACCAGGGCCGUGUCUGUCCCCAAGGAGCGCAAGGGGCUCUCCCUUGCCACGCUCAGGAAGGCGCUGGCAUCCGGUGGCUAUGAUGUGGAGAAGAACCAAAGCCGCAUCAAGCUGGGGCCCAAGAGCCUUGUCAGCAAUGGCACCCUGGUACAGACCAAGGGCAUCGGAGCCUCUGGCUCUUUCAAGCUGAACAAGAAGCCAGGUGAGACAAAAGAAAAGGCAACAAAGGAAAAGAGAGCUGCCAAGCCCAGGAAGCCGGUGGCCAAGACGCCCGCCAGCCCUGCCGAGAAGCCCAAGAAAGCGGUGGUGGUGAAGAAGAGCCCCAAGAAGGCGAAGAAGCUGGCAGCCACUGCAGCCAAGAAAGCGGCCAAGAGUCCCAAGAGAGCCACACAGGAGGAGGAGGCAGUGAAGAGCCCAGCUAAGACAAAAGCAGUGAAGCCCACAGCAGCCAAGAAAGCGGCCAAGAGUCCCAAGAGAGCCAUACAGGCAGGCCACCCCAAGGAGGCCGCGAAGAGCCCAGCUAAGGAGAAGGCAGUGAAGCCUGCAGCAGCCAAGCCUAAGGCAGCCAAGCCCAAAGCCGCCAAUGCAAAGAAGGCAGUGCCAAAAAAGAAGUAA